AGGAACUAAUAAACCCUCCUCUUCGCCGAUGCCGAGUUAGUUUAUGUUUUAGUGUCUUCGGGUUGACAGUCACACAUGAACACCUUCUAGUUUUCCCUUGUGUCAACUUUAGCUCCAUCACCACAAUAAUCGCCGCUGCACCCUUACUAUUCGAACUCAUUCACUCAAUGCGCAAUCUCACUUCCUCUUGUUCCAUAAGACCUUUCGCAUUUUCUCCACUUCACCGCUCCAAUCAUCUUCGUUCUCUUACCCUCAAUUCCAGAAAAUCACUACCUUCAAUCCAAUGCGCCGUUCAAUUUCGCCCCUGCAUCGACAUUCACAAGGGGAAAGUGAAACAGAUUGUUGGGUCAACGCUGAAAGAUUUGAAAGGCGAUGAUGGGUCGGAUCCGGUUACCAAUUUUGAGUCUGAUAAAUCAGCUGCUGAGUAUGCUGCGCUUUAUAAAGAAGAUGGACUUAAAGGGGGUCAUGUUAUCAUGCUUGGUGCUGAUCCUUUGAGUAGAGCUGCUUCCCUUGAGGCUUUGCAUGCUUAUCCUGGCGGUUUGCAAGUCGGAGGUGGAAUAAAUUCUGACAAUUGUUUGAGUUACAUUGAGGAAGGAGCAAGCCAUGUCAUUGUGACAUCUUAUGUAUUCAACAAUGGACAAAUGGAUCUUGAAAGACUUAAAGAUCUUGUUCGCAUUGUUGGAAAAGAGAGGCUUGUGUUGGAUCUCAGUUGCAGAAAAAAGGAAGGUAAAUAUGCAAUUGUCACCGAUAGAUGGCAGAAGUUCAGUGACGUAUCACUUGACGCUGAAGUAAUGCAGUUUCUUGCCAACUUUGCCGACGAGUUUCUGGUUCAUGGUGUUGAUGUUGAAGGAAAGAAGCUGGGAAUCGAUGAAGAGCUCGUGGCUUUGCUUGGCAACUAUUCACCGAUUCCUGUGACUUACGCUGGUGGUGUGACUGUGAUGGAUGAUUUAGAGAGGAUAAAAACAGCUGGAAUGGAAAAUGUCGAUGUUACCGUCGGAAGCGCCUUGGACAUUUUCGGGGGAAACUUGGCUUAUAAAGACGUUGUAGCCUGGCAUAACCAACAAAAGGUCCUCGUGGCUUAAGUAAGCAUUGUCGAGAAAUGUAAGGGGCAAGGGUGAGUGAGCUCUGAGCAAGGUUUGUUUCAUUGUUUCUCGUGUUACUAACCUUGAAUCUGGUGAUUUUUCCAGCAAUCUGUGAUUCUUGUCGCGAGAUUCUUACAUGGUUAUCAUCUGCUAGUUUGUACCACACUUACAUCUUUGUAAUGUAUGUGUAAGGCAAUGCAUGCAGAUUUUUUAACACUUGUCAACUGUAUUCUGAAUAAUGUAACCAUAUAUUUAUGUUUUGUUGACAUACAAGCUUUCCUAGCUGAAGAAGCUCUAUUCAAGAAGCAGAUAGAAUCUACUGUUUAUGUAUUAUAUGUGAAUGUUUCUUCUCCACCUGAUAAGAUUAAUGACAAAUCUUUGUUUUA